CGUUCUCAAGGAAGUAGUAAAAUACAGAACAAAACUGUCUCGUCAGAUACACGUUGAUCGAGCAAUAUAGAAAGACUAUUUAAUGUUAUAUGGUUCAAUAAGAAAGGCGUAAUACAAAUGAAUUAUUUUCGAUGUACUAAAUAGACAAAUGGCCAUUCUGAAUGUGAAUAUUGAGAAGUAGAAUCUACAUGUAAUCCGAACAUUGGCGUUCGUUAUUUCAAUGCAACAUUUAAUAUUCUGUAAAUUUGAGGUGUUUCUUUCAGGACUUCUGUCUCGUACCUCGAAAGAUGGCCAGCGCUUCCGCCAGCCUGAGCCAAAGCACAGAAUGCCUCCAUGGAUCAGAGGCUAUACUUCCAAAUACUUUGUCCCUCUCAAGCCUAAAUAACUUUGGACGUCUGAGACUUCAUGAUCGAGCGAACAGCGAUACCAAUCUAGCAUUCACAGAUUUUCUCAAAGAGUCCUCCAAAUUGACUGUUGAUAAGACGGACUAUUAUUUAGCAGCUGGGGAUAAGUUGUUAGUGCAUUGGGAUAUAAAGGAAAAGGUUGGCAGUACAGAUUGGAUAGGAUUGUUUUUAGGAGGUGAAGGAAAUAGACAUCGAUGGAUUGAUUACAAGAAUCGUGGUGUUAAUCAAGCCCAGCAGGGGGAGCUAGUGUGGCAGUUGGACGAGAAUGAUGAAUUUUUUAACGCUGCUGUUACAAAGGUUGAAUUCCGCUAUUAUCACGGGGCAACAGGGUCGCUACGUGCUACGUCUCCAAUCAUAACAGUGCAUAACCCAAAUGCAGUAACCUCGACUUGGGGCACGUCCCAGUCUCAUGGAACUCGAAGCAAAACCCAGGCAGCCGAUCCUGCUCAGCUUAUUCGGUUCACAGUGCAAGACAUGCAAGCGCUAUACCUCAAAAAAGGAAUGUUUUUCAACCCAGACCCCUAUGUUAAGCUAUCAGUCCAGCCUGGCAAGAGGUCAACGUUCCCGCGCCUGAGACAUCAUGGGCAAGAGAAACGAUCAACUAUUAAACAGAAUACAACGAGCCCUGUAUGGUACCAUGAGGACUUUUUAUUUGAAGCUCUGCCCACAGAUGUUCUUGAGUUUGAGGUGAAAGACAAGUUUGCUAAGAGUCGUCCAACCAUCAGCAGAUUUUUAGGCAAACUUACCGUUCCUGUUCAAAGACUUGUAGAUAGGGCAGCAUUAGGAUCUGCAAGAGAAUUAUCUUUUAAUCUUAUGAGAAGAAACCCAUCAGACAAUGUCAGUGGCGUGCUCACAUUCAGCAUAGAGAUAGACUUAACACAGCUACAGUCCAAUCACAGUUCACCUAGAUCAUCACGAAGAUCACUUCAAAAUCAACGAAGAGUCAACUCAUUUGCGACUGAUCAUUCUCCAUCACCAACAAAUUCUCCCAAUAGUCGACGACGAAAAAAGCGUGUUAAUACCGACCCUGGUAUUGUAACCAAUCACGUUGAAUCUACCACUGACAGAGUUUCACAACAUAAUGACACUUCUGCAGAAAAUGACAUUGGAGGUAGCCAUAUUUCAUUGAGUGCUCUUAGCCGAGGACGUAUAGCUGACAGUUUUGAAAUUGAGGAUGAAUCGCUAUUAAGUCAAAGUCCGGGAAGCUUAAAUGCAAUACCAAAUAUAGAAUGUGGUGAGUUUGCGAGUCAGUUAGUGUUAGAGGCGGUUGAUUCAAGUCAAGGUGUGGUGCGGAAAGAUUCUAGGAGUAAUAGUAGUGCAACUCCACCUAGCUCAAAAACCCAAGUGGGCACGGAGUCUGGAAACUCAGGGGCUAGUGGGUCUAGCGUGUCUGGCACGGUGCCCCUGACUGCUGAGCAUUUAAAGACGUUAGAUCCAAUGCAGGCAUGUGGUAUGCCACCCAAGUCAAAUGUAGCUAGUUUUGAUAGUAUGGAGGCAUUUGUAGGCUCCUUAGACAAUAUAAAACGUUUCCAAGGUAACUCCAGUUCCCCUGAGUCUAACAAUGGUGAGAACAGUGCCACUGAACAAAAUCAGUCUUCUGAUGAUACACAUUCAAAUAAUGUCCAAAGACUCAAUGAGGAGGUUACAACAGAGCAAUCUGAUAGGACAGAAUUAACGUCUGCUCAAACUCAAAAUGAGGCUAAUCAAACUCAGAAUGAGGCUGAUACUGCUGAAUCA